GGCGUCGCCGUGCGCUACGCGUACGGCUCGGAGCAGCUCGUCGUGCGCAUCCUGCGCGCCCUCGACCUGCCCGCCAAGGACGCCAACGGCUUCUCCGACCCCUACGUCAAGAUGUACCUGCUGCCCGACCGCAAGAAGAAGUUCCAGACCAAGGUGCACCGCAAGACGCUCAACCCGGUCUUCGACGAGACCUUCAGCUUCGGCGUCCCCUUCGCCGAGCUGCCCGCGCGGCGCCUCCACUUCAGCGUCUACGACUUCGACCGCUUCUCCCGGCACGACCUCAUCGGCCAAGUGGUGCUGGACAAUCUCCUGGAGGCGGCCGAGCGCGACGCCGAGACGCCCAUCUGGAGGGACAUCCUGGAGGCCACCGCGGAGAAGGCCGACCUGGGCGAGGUGAACUUCUCCCUGUGCUACCUGCCCACGGCUGGGCGCCUCACGGUGACCAUCAUCCGGGCGUCCAACCUGCGCGCCAUGGACCUCACCGGCUACUCGGACCCCUACGUGAAGGCGUCGCUCAUGGCCGAGGGCCGGCGGCUCAAGAAGCGCAAGACGUCCAUCAAGAAGAACACGCUGAACCCCAGCUACAACGAGGCGCUCGUGUUCGACGUGCCGCACGCCAGCGUGCACAGCGUGAGCCUCACCAUCGCCGUGCUGGACUACGACUGCAUCGGCCACAACGAGGUGAUCGGGAUGUGCCGCGUGGGCAGCGACGCCGAGGGACCGGGCCGGGAGCACUGGGCCGAGAUGUUGGCCAACCCGCGCAAGCCCAUCGAGCACUGGCACACGCUGGUGGAGGAGAAGGCCCUGGGCAACCUCGUGUCCAAGAAGGCGGCCGUGAUGGAGCCGGGUUGCGAGUGA